AUGAUCAAACGCUAUGCAGUAGAUCUGUCAUUGCAAGCGUCCUUCCAGAAGAAGUGCUUAUCUUUCCUGCGCCGACUGGAGAAGCAUGCCCAUUUCUUCAGAGAAAAUCCAGAUGAUCGCAGUAUUGAAACCACUGGAAUUGCUUACAGAAAUAUGAUGGUUACCUGGGCUCAGGUAGAGCACAUAAGAGAAGCAGGUCUCAAUAUGGUCGACGAUGCCCCCAAAAGUCCUCUUAUUGUUGAACGUCGUAGCUACUGGUUUUUACAGGCAAUGGCAGACCAGAGAGAGUUUGAGGAUGCUUGUGAUCUCCUAGAAGCUCAAUUAGAGGACCUGGCAAAAAAAGUCCUUUGUCGUGAGGCGGAGAAUCUCUGGGUUGCCGGAAUACUGGAAAAUAUCGCCACGACAUUUGAAGAUGAUUUUCAUCUUAGCACCAUGGACAGAAAAUAG